AUGCGCUUUCUCUACGUCAUCAUCACUGCCUUUAUUGGCAUUGCUCUGGCCACGCCCAGUCCUGAAGCUGCUGCUGAUGAACUCAUGGGCAGAGGGCUAACAUCUCAGUCCUGUGCUAUUCGAGGCCAGCCCUGCGCCAAUCAGUCUGCCUGCUGCGUGAGCCUGUGGUGUGUCAAGGGUAAAUGUGUCAACCAGGGCUCGGGCGGGAAGAGAGAUGUUGAGGAAGAAUCAACCGAAGCAACCGAAGCAUCCGAAGCAUCUGAAAACAGCGCAAGCUGGAAAACAUGCUCAAACACCAACCCCUGUGAAAGGGGCUGGAUAUGUAUCGAUGGCAUCUGUAACCCGCCAACGACGUCGCGUCGGGACAUCUUUGAGAAGAAGGCGUGUCGGGGUGAAAUUACUUCCUGCGGUGGGAAGAAUGGCGAAUGCUGCCCAUGGUUCCGCUGUGAGAAUGGAUACUGUACGAGAUAG